AUGUUUGAGUAUGAGUCUGAAGACUUGCAUACUCCCAUAUCAUCUGAUGAUGAAGGCAGAGGUGAUAAAUUUCCAGAAUUUGAUGAUGAGUAUGCUCAUGGUGAAGGCAGGUUUGAGCUAGGAACUAGGUUUGCCACUGUGGACAGGUUCAAGGAGGUAGUUAAAGAUUCUUUCAUUGCUGAGGGUCGGGAAUUGAAAUGGAUAAAAAAUGACAAAGAGAGAGUGAGAGCGGUGUGUGGGGAUCAGGAGUGUCCUUACUUGGUUCACUUGUCAUACAACAAAAGUUUGCAGUGUUAUCAAGUCAAAACCUACCAUCCAGAACACACUUGUGCGAGGGAUUUGGGCAGUAACACUGCUGAUCAACACUGGCUAAGUAAGAAGAUUGAAAAGCGGAUGUCAACCCAACCACACAUGAAUACGAAGGAGGUUACUGAUUUUCUUAAAGAGGAAUUUUCCCUCUGUCCCUAUCCUAAGAUGGUUUAUAGAGCAGUGAAAGAGGCUAGGGACAAGAUCCACGGAAAUGAAAGGGAACAAUACAAGAGAACGAGGGAUUAUUGUGAGGAAAUACUGAGGAGCAAUCCAGGCUCAUCAGCUAGGCUUGAGCUGAUGCCAAUUCCAUAUGGUCUCUCUAUUUUUGAUAAAAUGUACAUUUGCCUAGAUGCCUGCAAACAAGGUUUCAAAGAUGGAUGUCGUCCUUUGUUACAUUUGGAUGGGUACUUUCUAAAAACAUAUUAUGGUAGUUGGCUUCUAGCAGCAGUUGCUUAG